AUGGACGCUGAGAAUCCUCCUCUGACGAUACAUUCUGCUGAGGAAAUAUUUGAAGAUACUGAAGACUCGAAGAUGGUUUUCUCGUGCACAGCCAUCGUUGCUUAUGACGGCCAGACUGCCUAUCACGGAACGACAACCGCGCGAAAGAAAGACCUCGAUGAACAAGCUGUUUUGAAAACCUUAAAGCCGAUCCCUCGCGAACACAUCUGUCCGCAAUUUAACCGGAAUCUCACCCGCGCACCGGAGGUCUACAUCAAAAAGCCGGUCCUUGGCGCGUAUUUACCUUGGUUCAAAACUACAAUUGCAGACUUUGUUUUGCAUGAGGCGGAAAUUUAUGAAACCUUACGCGAGCACCCUCAUCCAGCCUUGGGCCGGUCAUUGGGCUGCAUCGUGGGUGAAGACGGCCGCAUUACGGGACUUGCACUUGUAAAGUACGAGAAAACUUUGUUUGAGCGCGCGUUUCGCAUGGCUUCCUUUGGAGAGGAGGAGGAGGCCCGUUGCAUAGAGGCUGUGGAGGCUGGUCUCCAGCACCUCCAUAGCCUUGGACUGGCGCACAAUGAUCUGAGUCCCCUGAACGUGAUGUUCACAGAUGAAGGAAAAGCUGUCUUGAUAGACUUUGAUGCCUGUCACCCUAUAGGAACUAAGCUCAUCAAAGGAGGCUCCGUGGGAGAAUGGGAGGGAGGGCUUCCUGUUGCUGUCUACGAGACAUCCUCGACGGAGUGUGACCAUGCGGCUGUCCAGCACAUGAAGAACUGGCUUAAGAAGAGGCGCGACGACACGAAGCUGGAGGAUGAUACCGCGAUGAGGGACGCUGAGGGCAAUGAGAAUGAGAAAGCCAAAGGCAGUGCCCAGGGGCCCCUGGUUUUCUAA